UGCCUACCCCUGGCCUAGGUUUACCUAAGGGCUUACUAGCCCCUUUUCCAAAACAAUCUUCCAUCAGAAAGUCAAUGCAUAAUAGUGACAAUGCAAUAAUAAAUGAGCACAGAUCUAAUACGAGAAUUAAGUAUGUCUCCCUCACACACACACACACAAAAAAAAAACAGUGGAGCCCUCCUCCUCCACCUCUUCCCCAGAUUGUUCUAUCUGUGAUCUCAUGGCAACCAUCCACUAUGCUCACUGACUCUGCAGAGUUCAGCCACCAUUUUUUUAAAACAGGAGGACCUAGCAAUAUUUUUGUGGUUCCAACAAACUAAGGUUUUGAUCAGAUGAUGUGCGUUGAUCAUGUCACUAAUGCAAAACUUUCUGUCUCACACCUAAACCCCAUUUUUGUGCACAACUAUUAAAGGUAAUGUGUCUUUUCAGUCAAACUUCUGCCCAAAGUCUCUGUAAACGAGAUGGGCAGCCAAUAAAAAAUAAAAUAAAAUAAUAAAAUAAAAUAAUAAAAUAUAAUAAAAUAAAAAAUAAAAUAAAUAUCACUGAAUUUUUGUGGCAAUGCCACUGCCUUUAUUUUUUUUUCAAUUUCACAGUCCAUCCUAUUCUAACCAUCUUCAGUCCUGCUUCAUUUUUGAGAUCAGUCAAGGCCACCUGGGUCCUGCCAUAACUUUCAGCUUAUUAUUAUUGCCUUCACCUCUUAUAUUUAAUAUGUCUCUUGAUCUCCACUUUAAUUAUCUCCCUUCCUUCUUUAUAUGUACUAGGAAAAACACGCACAUAUUGUAAUAAGCAUCUUAGUCUUAAGAUACCAGAAGCUUCUGUUGUUUUCCUGCAACAUAGAAAUUUAAGUCAGCCUAUUUUAAUCUGGGUGUGGAUUCUGGAGGUUUAUUCUCAACAGGAGAUCUUUGGCAGAAAAAUAACAUUUUGUAGUUCCCUCUAAUAUACCUCCCUCAACAGCAAUUCUCGUGACCCAUUAGAACUACAUUUCAAAAAACUGUCAUCAAAUGACCCUUCAAAAAUCUGAAGUAUGGUCCUGUCACCGUACCCAUAGCUGAGAAGAUCUCACUUGCCUCUCCCAGGAUCUGGCAGUCUUUUGCAGCUGUCCUGCCCAGCUGUGAAAACAUCUGGAUGAUAAAUGACUCUGGCAACUCCCCCUCCCUUCACUCACUUGUAAACCAAGGAUCCCAUAGGUCAGGAUCAAUCAGGAAACUUUGGAGUCAGGGUGUUAAUUAGGCAAUUAGGAGGAUUCAAGGGGUGGGCGCAGAAAGAGAUUCAGCUACCACUCUUAAUGAAGUCUGAGAUGGAGUUGAGAAGCUGGACUUAAGUGGGAGAAGAUCUGGCUGGGCAGCUCUGGUUCUGAAGGAGGAGCAGGCAGAGACUGUGGAAGGCUGCUGAGCCUAGAAACAACCUCCCAAAAGAGGGAAGAGGGCUGAUAGAACAGGGGAAGCAGAAGGAGAAAACAGACCUUGGGAAGUAGAGGGAUCUUGACAGAAAUAGCUGGAAGGUGUGUAAAGAUGGGACAUCCCAAGGCUGAGCCUACGUCUGCUACUUCUUUCCUGCAGCUCCCCUGCUACCAGCCCCAAACCCCUCCCCUCCUGAGGUGUGAAUGUGCCAUUUGGGGUCUCACUUCAAAGAGCCUUGGCGGAAUCAUAAAUACAAGCCCCCAACCAGGGGCGCUUCAGGGAAAGAGAGGAUUUGGAGGGGGACACAUCCCAGACUUGCUUCAGGAGACCAAGCCAAGGAGAUCUGGCUCCCAGCUCCUUAAACAGCUCCUUCCUUUCUGCCUCUGAGCCCUCCCUUCCUUCUCUCCCCAAAUCACAUCCAACUUUGCUCCCCAAACCAACUUUCCAGCCUCUAGGCCUUCUCCUCUACCCCCAUCCUCAAGGCAGGAGCUCUGGCUUCCAGCCUCACCUGUUCCCAUCCACAGGACCCCCACUCCCUUCCCAGGGAAGCCAGUCCUGCCCUCCAGGCUUCUGCCCAUCCCUCAUGUAUCACCCAUCAGAGAUGUUCCCCCAAUAUGGGAGCUCCUAUGCUCUGCGACCACCACCCCCUCCUGGAGCUGCCUAUCCCCAGAGUCAGGCACCCCAAUAUGAAGCCUUCAGAUACUCAGAGCUGGAAGCUGCUCCCAAAUUGGAAGGCUUCUUCCCAGGUUUGGACCCUCCUGGGUGCCUCCUGCCCCCAACCCCUGGCCUCCCUUAUGGAUCAUCUCAGGCACUCCCAUCAGGCCCCCCAACAACUUCACAGCUACCCCCUGGAGUACGGAUGAGCCUGGAGAACAGCGAGCUCUGGAAGCGGUUCAGCGGCAUUGGCACCGAGAUGAUCAUCACCAAAGCAGGCAGGCGGAUGUUUCCACAGCUAAAAGUUGCAGUCACUGGCUUGGAUUCUGAAGCUAAAUACCUACUGCUGGUGGAUGUUGUCCCAGUAGGAGGCUCCCGCUACAAGUGGCAUGGCAAAAAGUGGGAAGCCAGUGGCAAAGCAGAAUUACCACCUCCAGACCGGGUUUACAUCCAUCCUGAUUCACCUGCAUCAGGUGCCCACUGGAUGCGCCAACCUGUAUCCUUCCAUCGGCUCAAGCUCACCAAUAAUACCCUGGAUCCUCAUGGACAUUUGAUCGUUCAUUCCAUGCAUCGUUACCAGCCCCGAGUACAUGUGGUGGGAGCUGGAGGGCGCCGCGGAGCAGGGGGUGGCUGUGCUUCCUUCACCUUUCCUGAGACGCAGUUUCUGACUGUCACAGCUUACCAGAACCCACAGAUCACUCAGAUGAAGAUAGAGAGCAAUCCUUUUGCAAAGGGCUUCCGAGAAAAUGGCAUGAACAGCAAAAGGGAGCGUGAGGCACGAAUCAAAAGGAAGAUGAAGAUCAGUGAAUGCGAAGCAAACCAGGGAGAAAGUGAGAGCAAAAAGGGUCCUUGCGACUCCACCCUGACGGAAGAGGGGCCUCUGGAACAACAGCCACCCCCUGCACUUCCACAGCCUUCCUGUUCCUUCUACCCCCCUGCAGGAAUUAAUCUCAAUGGGGCUGAGGCUUAUGUACAGCAUCCAGCUGCUUUUCAUGGUUUAAGGGGGCCAUCCUCACCUUAUGGCAGCCCAAGCCAAGAAAUAGCAGUUCUUCCAUCUUCUCCCCUUACCAAGUCUCCUCCUGAGCAAGCCGAUUACAGACCAAUGCUCCCAGCGAGCUGGGCCAGCCUGGAUGUGGUUCCUUUCCUUGGAAGUGCAGAACCACCAGAAGCUUCCUCAUUCUCUCCUUUCAAGUUCAGUUUUGCACCCUACCCGCCUCCACCUCGUGUCUAUGGACCUCCCUCUGGCUAUCCUGGCUCACAGCCAUCAAUGCUUUAACCCCUGCACAACCUGGAUACCUGUAUUUUAUUUGCUUCUGCUUGCAAAGUUUCAUGGUGUUUUCCUCUUCCAUUUAAGGAAGUAGAGCUUGUUUAUAUCUGCAUAGUUUAUAAUUAAAUCCCACAAAGGCUGCAACAGACUGUACAUUUUGAAGUUGAGACACUCACAAUCAAACUUCCUUUUUCAAUUACUUCCCAAGUAGAAAAUUUCUCUUCAAUUUCCUGACAUACACACACAUACACAUACACACACACACACACACACAUAUAUAUGAGAGAUCCUAUUUGGCUUGAUGAGAGAAUGCAAAUUCUCUUAUUUUCCUCUGCAACUAUAGUGAAUGUAUUAAAAUUAUCCUCCUUUCUCAGCCACUACCAAAUU